AUGCAUGAGCAAGACUCAGCUGGCCCUGAAGCAGGAAGAGACCAUGCUAUGGAAACUGGGAGCAGUGGGGGAUUCUGGGAAAGCUCUGGGCAGAAGAUCCUGGGAGAGGAGAACACCCUUCGCUCAGAGGCGCAGAGCCAGCUGUUGAGGCAGUUCUGCUCCCAGGAGGCCAAAGGACCCCGAAAAGUUUGCAGCCAACUCCACCACCUUUGCCACCAGUGGCUGAAGCCAGAAAGGCACACGAAAGCUGAGAUGCUGGACCUGGUGAUCUUGGAGCAGUUCCUGCCUGUCCUUCCGCCGGAGAUGGAGAGCUGGGUGAGGGAAUGCGGAGCAGAGACCAGUUCCCAGGCAGUGGCUCUGGCUGAAGGUUUCCUCCUGAGUCAGGCAGAGGAGAGGAAGCAGGUGGAGAAGCAGCAGGUGAGAGAGACUUUCCUCUGGAUGCUCCCAAGGGGCUCCAAACAGGAGGGCCAUCCUUUUUCGGAAACAUCCAAGGAAUGAGAUGUGGUAUAUCUGAAGUUUUUUUCCUCUGCCACUCCUUUUCUAACCCUUCCCCACAUUCUCUAUUACAAAUUCUUGUUGCUCUUUCAGGAAAAGGAUCUGUCUGCAGAAACGGGUCCUGAUUCCUUUGAGGCAGAGAGGACUUUGUUGGACACCAGAGAGAGGCUGCUGGGUAAGGAGGAAGGAAUUUCUUCUCAGUCUGGCCACAUCCUAUUAUUCUCAAAAUAAUCUGUGGUUUCUGUCAGUAUUUUUCGGUAUGACACUUGGGGCCAAGAACCCAAAAAGGAUCAGAUAUAUUUGAACAUAAGUAAAAUAUGAAAUGGGGACAAACUCCAAGUGCACCUCUGGGAGAAGCAUCCUGCACUCCUGUCUCCCCACUUCCCUUUGUCUCUUGCAGGUGAAAGAAGGAUGCCGGCAAGACCUCCUCCUCCAUCUCUUCAUCCUGGUGGAGGGGAAGCAGCAGCUGAGGAACUGGAUCAGGUGCGGGGAAGGAGCCUUGGGGGGGGGGAAGAAUGAGGGGUGAGGGAGACAGGGCGUUUCUGGGGGCAAAUGAAUCUCUCUCCUGUUUUUUUCUUCUGUCAAAUCUGGAAAACUGGCGUGCUUGCACAGACAGAAUGAUUUGAAGAAAUAAAUAUACAGUUCCAUCUAUUUUCACUAAGAUUCAUACCCAUCAUUAAAAAUAGUAUGAAAAGUAUGAAAAGUUCCCAAAACAUUAAAUUAUGCACCCACAGUCAAAAUGUGCAACAAACAAAUCCGAGUAAUACAAUGCAGGCAGAAAGAGGAAUGUGCAGUAAAUAAUCUUUAUGUUGUGUAAGAAAUGGACUUUUUUUUUUAGGGUCCAGUUUGUUUUGAAGAUGUUGCUGUUUGUUUCACGGCUGAGGAGUGGGCGUUGCUGGAUCCUGCCCAGAGAGCUCUGCAUAAGGAAGUCAUGGAGGAGACUUGGAGGAUCAUGAACUCUCCCGGUAAGGUUCCCUGUUUGGUCAUAAUACUUGUUUAGAAAUUCAGUCAAUAUUUUUAGAUCAAAAACCUCCCAGAUUUUGAUGGAUCUCAACUUUGCCACCUAGAGUAUCAGGAGAUAUGUGUUAAUCUGAAUUCAUGGUAUGGUUUAUCUCUGUAUGAGAUUGACAUAACUCUAAUAUGACAUGAAAGCCCCCAUGGUGUCUGCAUCCUGAAAGGCAUUCAGGAAUAUCCUGAGUUCACACACAUCAGGCAUUAUCAACACAUGCAAAUAUAGGGUUGCUCAUUGCAGGAUUCUCAGCUCCAAAGUGGGAUCCACCCACCCCCUGGCAAGGGGGUGUAAAGGCAGGUUGGAGACAGAGAUGUCUAGGUUCAGAUCAUUGCUCACGAUCGCAAGUCUUUCGCCUUUUUGUUAAACGGAAACAGGAUGACCAAAGAUGGGCAAGGUGAGAAAGAGGCAGGAAGAUCUUGAUGGAAUUAUAGAAAUUGUAGGAAUCACUGCCCCCUCUCCUAUUGUCAGGGGCUGGACUGAGGAGGAAUGGUGGGGGCUGCCCCCCUUCUCCUGAACCUUCCCAUGGGCACGAAGCUGUUCCUCCUGCUUCUGUAUCUAAGGGAAGAAGCAGCUCAGCAUGUCUGCCAAAAGGUUUUCCCAAAGAAAGCACCUCUGGGGUGCCUGACACACGCAGCUGGUCCUGGGCUCCUGCUCUGGAGAAAGAAAACUCAGGGAGGGAGGGAAGGGUGCGCUGCUUACGCUCGUCAUCUAAAUCCUUUCAGUUCUUCCUCGAUCACAAGCGCUAAUGAGCAUUGUUCAAUAAUUGGGGGCUUCCUGACGCUCUGAUUCACCUCUCUCUUCAUUUUAGGUGCUGAGGAAUUAGAAAUGAAGAACAGGGGAAACCAUGAGAAGAUCCACACAGUGCAUAAGCCAUAUCAGCCUUUGGAAUGUGGAGAUAACUUCACUAACAGCUCCGAUUCCAUGUCUCAUCAAAAUCCCAUUGGGAAGAAACCAUAUCUGUGCUUGGCUUGUGGAAAGAGCUUCAGGAGAAAGGACAAUCUCACUUGCCAUCAAAAAAUUCAUACAGGGCAAAAACCAUAUCAGUGCUUGGAUUGUGGAAAGAGCUUCAGGAGAAAAGAUAAUCUCACUUGCCAUCAAAGAAUCCAUACAGGGCAGAAACCGUAUCAGUGCUUAGAUUGUGGAAAGAGCUUCAGUCAGGGCUCCUCUCUCACUUCCCAUCAAACAAUUCAUACAGGGCAGAAACCCUAUCAGUGCUUGCAUUGUGGAAAGAGCUUUGACAGGAAGGACCGUCUCACUUCCCAUCAAAGAAUUCAUACAGGAGAGAAACCCUAUCAGUGCUUGGAAUGUGGAAAGAGCUUCAGUUGCAGUUCCUAUCUCACUUCCCAUCAAACAAUUCAUACAGGGCAGAAACCCUAUCAGUGCUUGCAUUGUGGAAAGAGCUUUGACAGGAAGGACCGUCUCACUUCCCAUCAAAGAAUUCAUACAGGAGAAAAACCCUAUCAGUGCUUGGAAUGUGGAAAGAGUUUCAGUUGCAGCUCCAGUCUCACUUCCCAUCUAAUAAUUCAUACAAGACAGAAACCCUAUCAGUGUUUGGAAUGUGGACAGAGCUUCAGUUGGAAGAUAUAUUUGUCUUACCAUCAAAGAAUUCAUAGAGGGAAGAAACCCUAA